GGGGACGAGGAAGAGGCUCGGGCGCCAUCGCCGCCUUCGAGAAGCAGGGGGCAGAAGCGAGGGCUCCUUGGGCACUGACUGCCCCUGCCUGGUUCGCCCUGCUCUCUCCGGGCCUCUCUAGCCGGAGGGUCCCCGCUCCCGCUCCGGAUACAGGACUGGCCGCCGGGGGAAGGGGCCGAUACACGGAUGGGAGCUCGGUGGGGAGAGGGCGACGAAUCUGCGGCCGGAGACCCCGUCGCGGUCCCUCCCCGCACCCCACUUUCCCUAACUCCGCCGUCCACCCAUAGCCCAGGGCGACCGGCUCGGGUCGGGGGCGGGGCUUCGCCCAGCCGAGUCACGUGAUGGGAAGAAAGAGCCGUAGUCGCCGGGGCAACGGAACGAAGGAACGGCCGCUGGGCCAGGCCGAACCGGGCCGGCCCGGGUCCGGGGCGGGGCCUUACGGAGCCGAAGCAGGUGACGGCAAGAGCGAGCCGUUGUCGCCGGGGCAACGGAGUAGCGGAGCCGGAGCCGAACCGGGCCAUGGCAGCUCUGGAUUCGCAAUCUCCAGGGACUGGUGGCGAUGAGGCUUUGGAGGAAGAUGAAGAGGAACCAGAGCCGGGCCUGGAAGAUCCUGAGAAGCUGAUCCCGGGGAUUGGGCGUGGGGGGCUCCUGACCCGUCGAGGGGUCACCCUGCGGGUGCUGCUCAAAGAUGGGCUGAUCGAACCAGGGACGGGGGUCCUGUCGAUCUAUUACCUGGGGAAGAAAUUCCUUGCAGACCUGUUGCCUGACGGGAAGAUCAUGUGGCAAGAGACAGGGCAAGUGUUCAACUCGCCCAGCGCCUGGGCCACUCACUGCAAAAAGCUGGUCAACCCGGCCAAGAAGUCAGGCUGCGGUUGGGCCUCCGUCAGGUACCGGGGACAAAAGCUGGACCAGUACAAAGCCGCCUGGCUCAAGAAACACCAGCCCAAUGCCCCUGCGACUGACGAGCUCAGGGCCGAAGGGCCGCCCGGCUCCCUGCAGAGCCUGGUCAGCGAGGGGGAGGAGGAGGAGCCGCCGCCCCCGCCGCCACCCCCGCCGCCCCCGCCGCCGCCCGCGGAGGAGGACGAAGAAGAAGUCGUGCCAUCCCAGGAAGAGCCCGGGUCCCUGAACAAGAACCGCGCCCCUGUCCGCUACUGCACCCUGGGCAGCCGGGACUCUGGCAGGAGCCCCCAUACUCUGGUCGAGGUCAUGUCCUUCUCGGCCAUCAACAAGUUCCAACCGUUCAACGUGGCUGUUUCCAGCAACGUCCUGCUGCUGCUGGACUUCCACAGCCACCUGACCCGCAGCGAGGUGGUGGGCUACCUAGGGGGUCGCUGGGACACGAACAGCCAAUUGCUGACCGUGCUGAGAGCCUUCCCGUGUCGUUCCCGCCUGGGUGAUGCCGACACGGCAGCUGCCACGGAGGAGGAGAUCUGCCAGAACCUGUUCCUUCGGGGGCUAGUCCUGGUGGGCUGGUACCACAGCCACCCGUUCAGCCCGGCGCUGCCUUCGCUGCAGGACAUCGACGCCCAGAUGGACUAUCAGUUGCGGCUGCAGGGCAGCGUCAACAGCUUCCAGCCCUGCCUGGCCCUCGUCUGCGCUCCUUAUUACCCAGGGAACCAGGGGCCGGAAUCCACCAUCUCUCCGUUCUGGGUCAUGUCACCCCCUGAGCAACGUCCCAAUGACUACGGGAUCCCCAUGGAGGUAGAGAUGGCUUACGUCCAGGAUGGGUUCCUGACCAAUGACAUCCUUCAUGAAAUGGUCCAGUUGGUGGAGUUUUACAAAGGGGCCUCAGACCUGGUGAAGUUCCAGGAUAACUGGAGUCAGGACCAGACCUUUCUUGACAAACUCAAGGUAUCCCUGGCCUGCCGGACCCCCAAGGACCAGGGCUUCAACCAUGGUCUGGAGCAGAUCUACAACCUCCUCAAGCAGAACAGCUGAGGCAGGGCCAAGGAACUCAAGGGCCCCCCACCCCACAGUGUGUGUCUGUAACCUGCCUCUCCCUGUAAGGCUCCACAUCCAAUGUGCAUGUGUUUGGUGUUGUUCCCCCCCCCAACCUAUGUUGACUCUGCCAGGGAGCAAAAGGAAAUAAAGUUGGUGUUUGUCUCUGC